AGACUUUGUUAACAGGACACAAGGCCAUCUCUGUGCUCACUCAGAACUGCUUCUGCACCAACCAUGGCCACGUUCGUAGGACUCAGCACCAAAGCCAAGUUGCCCAUCGUGGGACUCGGCACCUGGAAGUCUCCUCCAGGCAAAGUCAAAGAGGCUGUGAAGGCAGCGAUUGACAUAGGAUAUCGCCACAUUGACUGUGCCUAUGUCUACAGGAAUGAAAACGAGGUUGGGGAAGCCAUCCAGGAGAAGAUCCAAGAGAAGGUUGUUAAACGGGAGGACCUCUUCAUCGUUAGCAAGUUACCGUCCACCUUCUUUGAGAAAUCCCGUGUGAGGGAAGCCUUCCAGAAGACCCUCAGAGACCUGAAACUGGACUACCUGGACAUCUAUCUUAUUCACUUUCCACAGGGAUUACAGCCUGAGAAGGACCGGUACGCUCAAGAUGAAAAAGGCAAUGCUCUCCCUAGUAAAGCAACGUUCUUGGAUGCCUGGGAGGUCAUGGAAGAGCUGGUGGAUGAGGGACUGGUGAAAGUCAUUGGGAUCUCCAAUUUCAACCACUUCCAAAUUGAAAGGCUCUUGAACAAACCUGGACUGAAACAUAAACCAGUGACUAACCAGAUCGAGUGUCACCCCUACCUCACGCAGGAGAAGCUGAUCCAGUACUGCCACUCCAAGGGCAUCACAGUCACUGCCUACAGCCCCCUGGGUUCUCCAGAUAGACCUUGGGCCAAGCCGGGGGACCCUUCACUCCUGGAGGAUCCCAAGAUUAAGGAGAUUGCUGCAAAGCACAAGAAAACCUCAGCCCAGGUUCUGAUCCGGUUCCACAUCCAGAGGAACAUAGCCGUGAUCCCCAAGUCUGUGACACCCCAACGCAUUGCAGAGAACUUUCAGGUCUUUGACUUUAAAUUGAGUGAUGAGGAGAUGGCGACCAUACUCAGCUUGAACAGAAACUGGAGGAUCUGUGUCAUGGAACAAGUCUCUCAUUUGGAGGAUUAUCCCUUCAAUGCAGAAUAUUGAAGCUGAAUCUCCAGAUGCAAUUAUCAAGUGGAGUCUCUCUCUUCACUUUACUGACAUGUACCUCCCUCUAUCUGCAUCCAAUUUUAGCCAGGCUUUUCUGAAAUCAUACUGAAUGUGGUCCCGCUGUAUGUUAGAAUCUGGUAUAGUUUCCGAACCAGUUUGUUCAACCUGGGUCAGUUCAUCAUUGGGAAAUAAGACUCCAAAAACAAAUAGAAAUUUUUUUCACUUAUUUGAUCUUGUUUAUUAAACACUGGAAACUUUUCUACCUCUGAGAAUACAAAAAAAAAAAAGUGUAAAGAAUAACAAUAUUUAUUGAGAGUUUACUAUACUGCCACCAUGUUUGAAGUGGUUUUUGUAUGUGUUAAAUCGUUGACUCUUUGUGACAACACCUUUCUGGUAGGUACUCUUAUUCUUCACUUUUACAGAAGAGAAAACUAAGAUAUGGGGUGGAGGGCAGGUAACUUGCUCAAGGCCACACAAGUAGUGGGUGGCAGGGCCAUAGAUUCAAAGGCAGGCAGGCUCUGGGAGAGCUCAUGCUGAUUUGCCUCCUUCUCCUCCCAUGUCCUCCCUUGGUAGCAUCCCUCCUUACCUCUCCCUAUUAUUUCCCUAUCUCUCCCUCUCUCCCAGGCUGUCCUAAUAUGUCAUUAUGCCUAAGGAGUCAACUCCAGUGGUGGCAGGCUCUGUAAGAUACCCAAGGGAGCUGCUGUUCAUUGAGCGAACAGUGUUAACGGUAUCUCUGGGAGUGGGAAUGGGCCUGGAGCAGAAACUGAACAAGGAGAAUGUUUGCUAUUGCCAUUAAUCUGGAAAAUUAAUUCCUUUUUUCUAUAAUAAUGUCUUGUUUUGAAAUUUUCCCAAUAUAUAGCAAUGUAUACACAAUAACACAAUAAGCAUUUGGUUACCCACCUUAAAAUAUAAUAAAUGCUAUCAUUGUGCCUUA